UUUAACACUUACUUUAGAAAUAACUAAUACAAUGGCAAACGGCGGCGAUUCCAUCAAACAAGAGCACCCGACGGUUCCUCCUCGUCCUCCCCCCACCGCCACUCCUCCACCAAGAGAAACCGAUCUUGCUGACGACAAGGCUCAAUCUUUACUCAACUCACUUCGCUCCACCUCCUUCACUCCUCAAGAAUACGAGACGUGUAUGCGAUCCCUGACCAGCGUCAUGACUAGCAGCGAAGACGAAGACGAGGCUCUGUUUCAAGAAGUGAUCUCGAAGCUAAACGAAACCGAGUUUUGGAGGAUGGUCGGGUUGCUGACGUUAAAACCCGACGAUCGCUAUUUCUUGGAGAUAGCAAGAAACAAGAACGGCUCCAUCCGCCUACACAAACUCCUCGGAAAAUCAGACAACGCCGACGCCUUAAUCUGCGUCGCUAUCUUGCGCCACUUCUUCCACGCCAUGACGGACAAGAACGUGUCCUACGUCGUCGCCAUUCAAGGGAUGCGAGUUUUUAGACACGACAAGAAAAGGGCAAUGCGCGAUCAACUUCUCCACCACGCGGUUUCCCUGGCGCGUACCCGGCACGGCAGCAUCAUGCUCAGAGCAAUCAUAACCGACGAUGAUUUUGAGUACUGCAGACACUGCCUCCUUGGUAAACUCGCGUACAACGCUCUCUUGCUAAGCUACGAUGCUUAUGGGACCUCUGUGGUCCAACACGCGCUUGAACACGGUGCCUUGCGUAGCACGCGUAACAUUAGUGUUAGACUCCGUGGCCACUACGCUGAGCUCUCGUUUACGGAGGGUGGAAGACACAUCGUGGAGAAGCUUUUGGAGAGGGAUGAGGAGACAGAGGCUUUGGUAGUGGAAGAGCUUUUGAAGUGCCAAGGAGACGAGUUGGUGAAGCUGGCGACGAGUGUGUACGGGCAUUUCGUGGUCGAAAAGGCACUGAAAGUCACGCGGGUGGAUUUGUUUAAGGGUUUGGUGAAUAAGCUCAAGCCUUUUCUCCCUCUCUUACGUACGUCUCCCCAAAGCACCACCAUUGCAGAAAUCUUGGAGUCAGUUCGCUAGCUUUUGUCACUAACUAGUUAAUGCCACUAUGAUAUAUGCUGAAAGUUGUCAGAUUUUAUGGUUGUUUUUUUUAGUUAACUCUUGCAAUGAUGUCCUGUAGCGAAGAACCAAAAAGCUUGUUGGUGGAUUCAAUCACUCAGGACUGUAGUCAAUUAGAGAUUCAAUAAUUUG